AUGCCUCCCAGACCUAUCAAAACACCUACGUUAGACUCCCUACUCCCUCCCAUUCUCGCCCUGUUGCCCAACGCCUAUUCAGCCCAUCAGAAAUGUCUGACCACAACUGCCCGACUGGUCCAUUCCAACCACCAUCAGUUGGCAGUCGAGAUCCUCUUCGCGACCAGUAAAGAGUUGUUGAAGAUUAACGAAGGGUCUAGUGGAGUCGAGCUGGGAGUAAGGAUGAUACAGGUUAUGAGUGAGGCUGAGAUCAGAGUUGACGAUAAGUCUAGAGCAUCAAUCACACAACUGCUCGCUUUGACACCCCCAACCGGACCAUGGAGAAAGAAGUUAGCAGACGCAGCUAUCAAAUGGUCUCAGCAAUUCGGAGAAUGUCCAACAGGUGAUCCGAACUUGCAUCAUUAUAUCGGUGAGAUGUACUAUAAGGAUCGAGCUUUCCCACUUGCCGAACAACAUCUCCUUUCUUCUGGUAAACGAGACUCGGCUUUAACUUUGGCUCAGAUGAUGUACGAGUGGUGUGAUCACGGUAGACUCGAUCCUGGACCUUAUGCCGUCCGAGGGACAUUACCAUUCCUCGCUCAAUCACCUCCUUCGAUCCUCCCAGCACUCACCUUCCUCACCCAAUUCCUCUCCUUAUUAUCCUCAUCUAUCUCGGCGUACCACAAGAACUUCAUCACCGCCAUCCCAUCUCAAACGUCUUUCUCGCUCAACGAAGUCCACCUGACCACAUCGCCGACGUUGAACUUUUUGCAAUUGGCUUUGAUAACUGUACAACGCGCGCCUGCACCUGGAGUCAGCGGCGUGGCAGCUAGAGGUAUGGAUGGUGGGAUUGCAAAAGAGUGGGAAGGGCUCUGUAGGAGGUAUUCUAGGAAUAGUGGAGUGAAUGGUGUGUUGGCACAGAAGGAGGUACAAGAGACCCUCAUGCAAAUCUCGACCGAAGUAUUCCACAUCCCUCCACCAAGAGGCGCAGGCGGUAAUGACCUCUUGCAGAACCUCAUGGGCUCGCUAUUCGGUGGAGGAGGUGGUGGAGCAGGGGCCAUCGGUGCGCGAUAA